AGGCUGGUUACUGGCGGGUGAGCGCCGCAUAGUGGUGUGGUUUAUCCUCGUUUUAAAGUCGCCGGGAACUGACAGCCUUCCAAAAGUGCCAAGUCUUUGUCGGUUUGUCCUCUCUUCUUUCAUUUCAUUUCUGCUUUUCGCUUGGGAAUAGUUCAGGAGGAUUUUACCUGAGCGAUAGAUGUUAUAAAUUGACCUCUGCACUCUGCGUUCGAGUUCUUCGCCGUGUGGUUCGUUCUUGUUAAAGAGGGACGAAAUCGUGCUCGGGAUUGUGUGUGCGUUUAGUGAUUGAUAGUUUCGGGCAGGUAUUGUAAAAAAAAUAAAAAAAAAAAGAGUGGACUGUUUUGUUUCAUCAAGAAGGCUGUCAAUAACGUUCACUAAUACUUCAAGUGAUUGGGUGCGAUCUCUGCUCGAUGAAUUGCUAUGGGAAUUAUUAGCAAUAGAAUUCAGUAACCUCUCAACUCUACAUAUCCAGAACAACAGCUCCAUGUAAGGAAAAAUAAUGUGAUAGGAGACUACAAAGGAGGGAAAAAAUAAUUCAUUAAUUUUUUCCUUCUUGAUAGGAAAAACGAAUCACAAAGGGAGCCAAGAUAUGGAGGACGAUUAAUUGUUCUGCAAAGAUGAAUGAGUCAGUGGUGAGUAAACGGCGUUUACCUGGAGCUGUAUUAGUACUGCACUCAGUGACCGAUUACCAAAUGAUAGACCGUCCCAAUGGCUCUUCACUUAUAGGCAAAACAGCAGUUGACAGAAACACAUUCACCACCGAUUCCUCGCAGGCAUGUAAGAUAAUAUAAGGGAGGUUGAUUUAUAUAAAAAAGAAAAAAAAAAGAAGUACUCUAGUCCAUUCUUUCAUGAUACCAGAGUGAUGUGAAUACGUGGUUCAAACAGUGACCCUCGCUGCAUCAUGCCCUCUCUGUCGGUCCCAGCCGAAAACGAUGACUACUUUGGGCAAGCAGGCUCCUCCUCUAGAGAGAGUGACAUUCCCAGCGUUCCAGAGGGCGAUGAUGAAGCCGAGUUAGUGAAUUUCGGUUCGGUGUCAGAGGCGUUUAGCGAACUCCAGGAAGAGUUCUUGGGAAAAUUCAUGGAGCAAUCUGCCGUUUUCAACACCACAGACGACAACCUCAAGUUACAUCAAUGUUUUUACGAGUAUAUCACAUCCAUCCUUGAGCCCGACCAUGACCCCUCGGCUUGCCCCGUCAAGUUCGACGGUGUGUCCUGUUGGCCAGAGACGUCUCCCGGUAAGAUGAGGGCCAUUCCUUGCUUCAGUGAUUUUAAUGGAGUCUCCUACGAUCCUUCCGAGAACAAUGCGACACUGUACUGCCACCCAAACGGCACUUGGUCAACGAGGGCCUUCUACAAUUUUUGCUUGAACGCAGUGACCAACACGUCCGAAAACACAGACUCCACUGUCUGGGCCAAGAGUACGAUAUUUUACUUUGGCAAUUCACUUAGCCUGGUCGCCGUUACACUAGCCGUAUGGAUAUUUAUUUCUUUCAAAGACCUGAGGUGCUUAAGAAAUACUAUACACACCAACCUACUAUUUACCUAUCUUCUACAUUCGAUGUUCUGGAUCCUCUAUGCUACCAUACAGACUUUCGUCUGGGAGGGGAUCGGAUGUGCCUUCUUCGUCGCACUCAAUUACUUCUUCCUGACGAACAUCAUGUGGAUGUUUGUCGAAGGUCUCUACCUUUACAUGUUAGUUGUCAAGACGUUCGAAGUGGAGAGCAUCAAGUUGCGUGUUUAUACACUGAUAGGAUGGGGUGUUCCAGUUCCCAUCAUUAUCACCUGGGUCAUAGCAAAGACCCAAAUAACGCUUACACAUGUAAGUGGAAGUGGCGGCAUGGAAGAGCUGGACAUUGAGGGCUUGUGGUCCAACGUGUGUCCGUUGAUGGCAGUCAGUAACGUCGACUGGAUCCAGAAAGUGGCCGUCCUUUUUCUGCUCUCAACCAACAUCAUCUUUCUCUUGAGAAUAAUGUGGGUACUUAUAACCAAGCUGCGCUCGGCUAACAACGUUGAGACGCAGAGGUAUUGGAAAGCGACGAAAGCACUACUGGUGUUGAUUCCUCUGUUGGGCCUCACGUACAUGUUAUUAAUCAUCCUGCCGAAAGAACUGGAACAUGUUCAAGCCAUCUUACUAUCGACCCAGGGAUUUUGGGUGGCCGUGUUCUUCUGCUUCUUGAACAGCGAAGUGCAAAACAGCAUUCGCCACCACAUUGAAAGAUGGAAAGCGGAGAGGGGUAUGAUAGACCCCAGGGGGGCUUCUGUCAGGCUCUCGAGAGACGGGUCUCCCAGACCAAGAUUCGGUUGCUCCAGGAAGGGAGGACGGCUGUUCGGAGGCAAGAGAGAGUCCCUAUGCACGGACUCCACAACAAUGACGACCGUUGUUAUCAACGGCUGCAACACCAAUAGCAGCGCCGUUGCACCCCCCGCAGUCUCUCCGCAGCCAUCCCGCAGGAUCUCAAAGGCCAGUUCACUGAUUCCUCUGGCUGACCAGGACACGAGGAUAUCAGUCACCGAUUCAACUAUUUAAAUUAGAACUCCUCAGAAAUAAUUUUUUUUUUUUUCUAUUUUUAUCUGACAUGUACUGUUCAGGCUGUCUUGGUUACACCAUUUUUUGUCUUUAAGCUUUGAUUUAAGAAGAAUGGAGAACAUUAAUCUAUUGUUUAGAUAUUGAGAUAAGAGUGAUAUAUCUAUGGUGCAUAUACCAUGAAUCAUAUCAACAUUGUCAAUUCACAUUUCCAAAACAAUUCAUGGAGUCUAAGUGAUCAUUAACGCAACUAGUAUAAUCUGGGAAUAUUUUUCUGUAAGUGUAGUAUAAAAUUUUCGCGUUUAAGGAUGCUUUCUACGAAGCCUUGGCAAACCGAAUAUGAACGAUGGACCGCUAAUUAUUAAAUUUUAAUUCAGGAGGAGACAACAGUAGUUUUUACAAACAUUUGUAUAGUAGAGCUGCGACUACAUUAGCAUGAAAAUGAUUAGGCGUGAUUAUCAGUGGUCAGGAUUUCUUCCAUAAAAGCACCAUGAAAAUAGAAUAGCUUUAGAGCUGAUGCAGGAUCCUCCCUAGCAAUCACUAACUCUCUAAAUAUUUUAUAAACAAGGAUUUCUAAAAGAAUCCUGAAAACUUAAAAAAAAAAAAAAAAAAAAAAAAAAAAAGCGGAGGGGA